CGCAACCCCGCCGCUGUCUUCGCUAUCGCCAGCGCUCAUAUUUUAGCACGUCCGUCCGUGUGUCGUUGUGUCGCCGUGAACAUUGUGCGAGUGUCCCGCGCCCGGUGCCCGACGAGACAAAAAGCAGCAGUUCGCAGGCACACGACGGCCGAUCAGGGCCACAAGUACCUCACGUUACUCUCGUGCACCGGUUCGACGGGAUUCCAGCUGCCCCUUCCGAACGGCCGGCAAACCAAGUCACGACUGCCCACAAACGUCACGCUCGGAGGAAGUCGCGUGCGACACCAUCCACAGGAGCAGGAACAUCUCCAUUUCUAAUCGCCGACCACCACCUUGUCCUACGUCAGCCACUACAAAGAACACACCGAUUGCGAUCAACGACUGCUCCAACACACAACACCCAGCAACACCACACAGACGCUGCGGCACCAUGUUCCCCGUCGACUCUCUUCCUGCCGCAUACCACGAGGAGCGCGAAGCCGCCGACGCUGCCAGGCGCCUGGCCCACAUCCAACAACAGCAGGCCAAGGCACAGGCUGCAGCGGUAGCCGGCGCCUUGAAGAACGCCUCGCAAGACAAGCCGUGCACACAAUCUCUUCUACAGCAACCACAGCUUUCGCGACCGGCUUCCACCACCGUAUUGGGCAACAUCUUCCAGGGCUUUGUUCGCUCAUCGCAAAGCCCGCCGCCAGCCAAAGGUUCCAUCAGCGGCUGCUCCACACCGGUCACGACACCACCAGCAAAGAUCAUCACCCAGGCAGACAUCGAGCGACAGAUGGCCGAGAGGAAGCGCGAUGCGGACAUUGUGGGUUCGUCACCUGGUUGGUGGUAAGGAGGAUUGGAAACAUGAUGAAACGGUAUAACGAUACGAUGAGUCGUGCCGUACCUCUGAGCGACUUUGGAAUUGAAAAGCGACCGGCGCACACGGAGAUGGUCGACACGACACCACGACAUACUUCACAUGAUACCCCUGAAUGGUUACAAUGACAGCACGUUUGGGUUUUGAGCGAGGGUGUUCGGAGUUUAUAUCGGUAGACCGGACAGUAUUAAUGCAGCAAUGCAAUGGGCAAUGCAAUGAUAU